GAAAAAUAAUUCUAUUAAGAUUAGGUUUAUUCUAUUUUUUUUUUAUAAUUUGAGAUAUUGAUCUAGCAAUCAUUAAAAACAAACCACUACUUUUUUAUACUCAAGAGCACUUAGAUGAGAUGACGCGAGUCUCUUCUAACUUAACCAAGGUUCUAGGUUUGAUCUCUGGCUUAGGCAUGCAAUUGUGUUAAAACUCUUAGAGAGAGAGUUUGUCAUCCAUUUGGAUCCCACAAAGCUCGAGAGAUUAAUCUCUACCGUUGCACGCAUAGAAUACCUGAUUUACACCAAAUCACUGCUUUUUUAUUUGAAUUUUUUUUAUUGAUUGUUAGAUAAAUAUCAUGCUCUCAAAUUAUCCAUAGAUAGUGUAAAAAAAAAAACCUUCUAUUAAUUCUAUUUUUAUAAUUUUCUUUGCAAUUCAUAGUGAAUUUUUUAUUUUUAUGAUUUAUUUCACACUUUGAGGUAUAUUUCAUUGACCUUUCAAAGUUCUUUGACAGGAGAAGAAGAAUUACACAAUAAAAGUAAUUGUCACAAACAACUAUUUAUCUUGUAUAUUUUUUUUAUGGGCUAUUUAUAUUGUAUAUUAUCUCACACAAACAAAAUAAUGAUAUUUUUCUACAGUACUCUUUGUAAAGUAAUUUACAUUUUACUACAUUGCCGAUUACUUCCAUCAAAAUAUCAAGUGAUAUACAGCAUAGAGUCUAAACAAUUUAAGGCCUCAAUAUCAUAAAGUUUGCUAUAUUUUUAUUUUUUUUCUUUUGCACUAUGGAACAUGAGUACGAGGAGCAAUUACAAGAACCAGUUAGUCCUAUUGGACAAUACUUCAAUAGCUCAUCACUAUGCUUAUAUAUUAUUGCAGUUUUGGAAUUUGAAGUUGCCAUUGAUGAUUUGCAAGUUUUUGCUCUUCUUAAAGAUAUUUUCCUUCCCAUUAGUCGUGGCUUCUCCUCCAUCAUGGUACAAGAUAAAAAUGAGGAAAAAAGAUGGAAGAAAGUUGAUGUGAACUUAAAAGACCAUGUGAAAACACCAAUAUUUCCAAAAGGAAAAUCAUUAGAAUUUUAUGACAAAUAUUUUCAUGAUUAUUUGUCAACCAUAUCAAUAGAGCAAUUACCACAAGGAAAACCAUUAUGGGAAAUACACAUAAUAAAUUACCCUACAAAAAAAUCAUUAGGAACAAUAAUAUUCAAACUUCACCAUGCACUUGGAGAUGGUUAUUCUCUAAUGGGUGCACUUCUUUCUUGUCUACAACGUGCUGAUGAUCCUUCUCUUCCUUUGUCUUUUCCAAUUCUUAAACCAUCAAAAUUAGAACCUUCCAAUAAAAGUAUUUGGACAAAAUUUUCGUGUACUAUGUCAUCUAUUUUUAAUACUGCCUCUGAUUUUGGAUGGAGUGUAUUAAAGAGUAGUAUUAUUGAUGAUGAUAAAACUCCUAUAAGAUCGGGUGAUGAUGGAGCUGAUUUUCAACCAAUUUCUAUAUCAAGUAUUGCAUUCUCCAUUGAUCAUAUCAAAGACAUCAAAUCCAAGCUUGGAGUGACUAUGAACGAUGUGGUGACUGGAAUUGUGUUCUAUGGAACAAGACUAUACAUGCAAGAAAUGGAUUCAAAAUCAAAGACAUCAAACUCAACAGCAUUGGUAUUACUUAAUACAAGAAACAUUGAAGGUUACCAAUCAAUUGAUGAUAUGCUCAAUACUAAAAAAUCAAAGGGUCUUUGGGGGAAUAAAAUUACAUUCUUGCAUGUACCAAUACCAAAAUUAAAUGAAACCAAAAUUUUAAACCCUCUAGAUUUUAUUCAUGACACACAUAAUAUAAUCAGUAGGAAAAAACAAUCCUUAGCUGUGGCUCUUACAGGGACACUUUUGGAAAUUGAAGGCAAAUUCAGAGGUCAAGCGGCAGUAGCUAAACAUAUUAGGAGAACAAUAACAAAGUCAAGUGCAGUAGUUACAAAUUUGGUUGGACCAGUUCAACAAAUGUCUUUGGCUAACCAUCCUGUAAAAGGCUUGUAUUUCACAUUGGCCGGUGGUCCUGAGGACACAUACCACUUGUCCACCUUAGCUCUGUUUGGUUCUAGGGAAAGAAAGUGGGUGGAAAGAAAAUUACUCAACACUCACAGACUCACUUUCUUUCCAUAG